AUGGACCAAGGAACCUCUAAUGCCGAUCUAUGGACUUUAUCUCAAGGACCAAACGAGCCACUCAGAGCUUACAUGGAUCGGUUUAAAGCGCUGGUGUCGAAGGUGGAAGGAGUGAGUGAUAAGGCAACUCUCGAAGCCCUGAAAAGAUCGUUGUGGUAUAAGUCCAAGUUCCGGAGGGAAAUGGCAUUGAACAUGCCGCUCACAAUCCAAGAUGUCCUACAUCGCUCUGCCGACUUUGUCGUGAAUGAAGAAGAAAUGAAGAACCUAGAUGACCAGUACGAGUCGACUAAAGCUGCAAUCCAAAAUUCUCUGACGACACGUCAAAGGAAUGUGAGAACCAAUGACUAUGUGCAUCACGAAGGGCCGAGGCUACAAGGAGCCCACAAUUAUCAAGUGGGAGCAGGACGAGGCAAAGGACCAUGGAACACUUGGACUCGGAACCCCCGGACUUACGACGAAAAAGCAUUCUGCGAACACCACCAAUGCUACGGGCACUCAACAGCAAACUGUCAGUUCUUGUCCACCAGACUCGCUGCAAAGCGAACAGCAGGAGAGCCCGAAGAAACCACAACCGCAAGGAACUCGAAGAUAAUGGGUGGAUCGCAAUACUGUCUCGACACCGUAUCGUCGAUUAAAGCUUUCCAGCAGAGAGCCGAUGCAAGUGUUAACUGGGCUGAGCCUCCGAGCUACCCCGCUACAACAAUCUUGUUUUCCAAAGAUGAAACAGUGGGAAUCGACACGCUAUAUAGUGAUCCCCUCGUGAUCGAGUUUACUAUUAGGGAUCACGAUGUCGCCAGAAUAUUAAUUGAUACGGGAAGCUCGGUAGACGUUAUCUUCUGCAAAACUCUUAGGAGGAUGGAAAUCGAUUUUUUCGAAGUAACUGCCGUCCCAAAGCCAUUAACAACAUAA